CGAUGAUAAGGCAAGUGUUUGACAUGAUGUAGGGAGCCCUCGCCAUCAUGAAGCACGAGUAAGACGACAACUUUUUGUUUGCUUCAAUGUCUCCGUUUCUCAUCAGCACAGCAUGACGGCGACCCGCUAUCUCGCUAAUCCGCAGCAAUUCUCUUCGACUUCGCAGUCACCAUCAUGCGCACGAUAGCCCUGUGGGCCACCCUGCUCUUGCUGAUCAGCGCUGCACUAAUUCUUUGGACGACGACGAAAGGCACACCCGAAUUUGCGCAGACCUACAUCGACUCCGCCGCCGAAUACAUUCAGAGCCAGCAAACGCACAAAGACGAGCCCACCUUGACGGUACCGCAGCCUGCGCCUCCUCCUCAAAAUGCGCAUCAGUCCUGGACCUACGACUACAAAGAGCACGGGCGCAACUAUGCCUUGACGGAGGAACAGUGUGGCGCGGCUUUUCCGGAUCUGUUUAAAGAGAUUGACCGCGCGGUGGAAUACAGAAAAGAGGUGGCAGGAACAAUAACUGAAGAAGAGACCAAAGCCGAUUGGAAAGAGGAUGGCAUUGUCAGGGCGCAAAUCUAUGACAAUCAGCUCUACAUAAUCGAUCCUCGCGGCAUCACAGACGGGAACACGCGACCUCGAGCGCUGGCGACGCUACACGCGCUCCACCGCGCAGUUUCUGCUUCUCCGACCAAGCUGCCGAAUAUCGAAUUUACCUUCGUGGUCCAUGACUUUGCUCUCGACUUCGAGCAUCCCGGCAACCAGACGACAUGGGCAUACACGAGAAAGAAAGAUCAGCCUUCGCUCUGGCUUAUGCCUGACUUUGGUCUUUGGGGCUGGCCGGACGUUGGCUUGCGAUCGUAUCAGGAACUGCAGAGUGUGCUCGAGCGCACGGAGAGCUUGUUCGAGGACAAAAUACCAAAGGUCGUGUGGCGGGGCUCACUCGACGUGGGAUCCAAAGACGUUCGGCAAGGACUGGUGGACCACUCUGAAGGUCAGCCAUGGGCAGAUGUCAAAGCUCUGCACUGGGACAACCCGGCGGACAUCGAGGAGAACCUCCUAACGAUGCAAGAUCAUUGCGCGUACCAAUUCCUCGCACAAACAGAAGGCAACUCGUAUUCGGGCCGGCUCAAGUUCUUGCUCAACUGUCAUUCAGUUUUGCUUUCGCACGACCUCGACUGGGUCGAAUUGUAUCAUCAUCUAUUGAUUAGCCAUGGACCGGAACAGAACUACGUCCACGUGGAGAGGGAUUACAGUGACCUCAACAAAAAGAUGAGACGACUUCUGCAUCCAUCUUCUUUCAGCAACAGCCCGCAAACCAUCGCGGACAACGCAAGACGUACUUUCCGCGAGAGAUAUCUCACCCCGGCCGCCGAGGCGUGCUACUGGCGAGCAUUGAUCCGGGCCUGGGCGUCCGUUCAAGGCUUCGAGCCGCAGUUCUGGCAGGAGGUCGAGCAGUUCGACAAAGUCACCAAGACGAAGAAGAAAAUGCAGAAACCUCUAGGAGCACCAUUCGAGGCAUAUGCCAUCAUGGAAGAGGUAGAUUGGGAGAUCCCGGCGAUCCCGAGAAAGAUGUGUAUCAAGAAGCCUGAGGAGGAGCAUUGCCGUGAGCACUAGAAGUCGAAGAAUGACAGUCGACAGAUGUGGAGACCUAGAUUUGCGAUUCACGGUAGCAUAUGAGCAUUUCGGCAAAGGCAUAGCAGGGCGUCUGGAUGUUGUUUCUCUUCGUUCGGCAUGGGUAGCAGUACUGUACACAUGCGACUUUUUGUAAAGGGUGCCGCCACCCUUUCUCGACUGUUUACUCGGGAAUCCAGCAAAUGCACAGCUUCGAAAGCUGAUGGCAUUUAUCAUGAUAUUUGCGAUCACAGCGCAUUUACAAGGUUCACUUCCAAAAGGCGGACUUCAUUCCACGCAUUACUGCACUGCUGCCGAGACCCUGGUUCCCCGCUGACCACCAUGCACGUCGU